AUGAUUUCCCAAACACCCAUAGAGAACCCAACUCUUGAGCUCAAACUUGUAUCAGCCAGAGACGUCAGCCAUCUCGAUGCCACGGCCAAGAUGGACGUAUACGCCGUCGUUUCAAUCUAUGGCGAAAAUAGUCAAAAGAAACAAGCGGCCAAAACUCCCAUUGACUACGACGGUGAUUCCAAUCCAACGUGGAAUCACACCGUCAAGUUCUCCAUCAACGAGAGAGAAGCCAACGAAGGCUUAUUGAAUAUUGAAGUCAAGUUAUAUAGCUAUUGGCUAGAAGGAGACAGUGACCUUUAUUUAGGAGAAGUCAACAUCUCGGUUCAAGAGCUUCUUACCCUAAAUCCGGUUCCACCAUUUGCUAAUGGUAACGUCAAUAGAAUGAAGUCCGUGAUUUACCCUGUCAAAUUCAUCGGAGAGACAAAGCCAAAUUCAAACCUGAGCCUCUCCUACCGGUUUAACCCUGUACCAGUUGAUGAUUUGUAUCCUCCAGACUACUCGCCAUCGUUUGAUCAACACGUUUACCAAAACCCGGAUCCACUAAGAUCAGGCCAGCCUCUCGCAUUUACCCCUCAGUUUCAAAACACCACGGCCAAACUGAUCCUAGAGCUCGUGAUCAAAUAUGCCAAGGACAUUAAAGAUGUCAAUUCCUUCUCAGCGAUGGACGUUUACGCUUCUGUUGUCAUCCUCAAAGACAAACAAGUUAAGCAGAGGGUCAAAACCCCUAUUAGUUUCUCCGCAUAUAUAAAUCCAAAGUGGAAUCAUGCCACUGAGUUUAUCCUGGACGGGAACUUAGCUCGAGAAAAACGUUUGACUCUCCUCAUAGUACUGAGGAGCCACCGGCCAUUCCUUGGUGAUAAAGAUAUUGGAGUAGUCAAACUCUCAAUUCAAGAGCUAUUGGGCUCAAAUCCGCCUUUUCCUUUGAAUAACGGUGAUGCCAAUGGUAUGAAGUUGGAGACGCACGCUUUGACGGGUCCUUAUGGGAAAAAAGGUACCGUGAGCUUUACGUAUAGAUUUCUUAAAGAGCAAGUUACAAAGCCCCAACCAUGUAUCGUUUAUCUACCUGCUGCACAUCAAUCAUACACAUCUUCAGAUAUGAAUCAAGGAAACUCGAGUUAUGUGGCUAUUCAACCAGGUGAAAAUGUUGGACAAAGCAACAGUCUAUUGCCAAUAUAUAUGCCGCCUCCAUAUCAAUCACAUGGAUACCAACAGAAUUUACCACGGGAGUCACAACUUCAACCACUACCUCAGCGGCCGCUUCAUCAGACAGCACCAGAUACACAAUCACAACCUUAUAAGUCACAUUCAUACCAUCAUUGUUCAUCAUCGCAUCCAUCAUCAGAGCAGAAACCUCAACCACCACCACCACCACAGCAGCCAACGGAUUUACACACACAUACGCAAAGUCGACCACCAAUUACGCCACAAGGGGGUGUGAUUGCGGCUGUAGGAGCGGCGGUUUUGGGACGUGUAAUUGGUGGACCUUUAAGAAGUGAGAUGAUGUCCGAAGAGGUAAACAUAUAUGAUUUUGAGGCUUAA